ACCCUGCAGGAGCAGAAGCACGACGCGGCGCUACAUGACAUGCGUCCUGCGACGCGCUGCUGAUGUCCGAGAGCAAUGCGUGCAGACAACCGCUGGACACACUGCGUUUGAAAAGGAGUGUUUUUCUGAACUGCAGCGAAGUGCUUUGCUUCAGCCGGUGUGAUGGCGAGUGACCUUGCAGUGUUGAUGCGGCUGGUGGCUUCAGCCUACACCGUGGCCGAAAAGGCUGGAACUAUUGUCCGAAAAGUGGUUCAAAGCGGAGAACUGGGUAUCGUUGAAAAGACAGGAGCCAAUGAUCUACAGACUCUGGCUGACAGGCUUGUUCAGAAGAGUAUAUGUGCAUACCUGUCGAAGAGCUUUCCUAAAGUCACCAUCAUCGGGGAGGAGGAAUUACCAGACGAGGAUGUUGAAGAGGAGCUUUUAGAGAAUGGGUACAACAGCCUGAUUCUACAAGAGUCUUGUCCGGAUCAAUAUGCCAGCCUGAAGGAGGAAGAGCUGGUUGUGUGGGUUGACCCUCUUGAUGGCACUAAAGAAUAUACAGAAGGGCUUUUGGAUCAUGCGACAGUGUUAAUAGGCAUUGCUUAUGGAGGGACAGCCAUUGCUGGAGUCAUCAAUCAACCCUUCUACAACUACCAGAUGGGGACAGUUGCUUCUUUGGGCAGAACAAUAUGGGGAGUAUUGGGUUUGGGCGCAUUUGGGUUUCAGCUUCAGGAAGUCCCAGAUGGUAAAAGAAUUAUCACUACUACACGGUCCCAUAGCAGUAAACUUGUAUUUGACGCAGUGCAAGCCAUGGAGCCUCAUGAUGUCAUCCGAGUGGGAGGAGCUGGGAAUAAGAUCAUCCAGCUGGUGGAGGGAAAGGCCUCUGCUUAUGUUUUUGCCAGUCCAGGAUGUAAAAAGUGGGACACGUGUGCACCUGAAGCCAUUUUGCAUGCAGUUGGAGGCAAACUGACAGACAUGCAUGGUAAUGCAUACAGAUAUGAUGCAAAUGUGAAGCACAUGAACUCUGCUGGAGUGUUGGCAACUCUGAGGAAUCAUGAGUACUAUUCAAGCAGAGUGCCACAGGCUGUCCUACAGGCACUUCCUUCUGACUGAACCAUAGCAGGAUAUGUCAUACUACAAGUCAUACUUGAAACUGUUGUGCAUAAAGCACAAAGCUGUCCUUCUCAUACAUUUUUGAUUCAUUCAUGGUUUAGUACGGUUUUUAUUUUAACUUUAUUUCUUAAUUUACCGCAACUAAAAUUAUUAAGAUUUCAUUAUUUACUGAGUACAUUCAGAACAUGUUUUGAUCCAUUUCCAGUAGAGGAUCAAUUAAACCGUUUAGUGUCAGGGUGCGUCUCAAUCAGAUCCCUUGUUCAGUUGUUAGGGCACUGAUCAGACACAUCCCACAAUGCAUUGCAAAAACUAUGGAGCAUCGGAGUUCUUUGUCCUCCAUUACCAUAAAUAACGUCACAUUUCUGAAGUGUAAAACAUAAAUCACACAAGCCAACUCAAUAUUAUAAUGACACGUUAUGGAAGAUUUAAAAAGACAACCCGUUGUUGUUGUUUUUUCAAUAUAAAUUGUACAUUUCAACAAACGCACAUUGCUAGAUCGGUAAUGAAGAUCUGUGUACACGAUCUACUGAUUUGGGGAGCUGAUUGAGAUGCAAUGUAAAUGUUUUUCUGCGGUUUUUAUUAUUCAUAUUAAUAAAACAUGGAGGUAAUUUAAA